AUGAAUAUAGAUGUUCCACAACGUCAACUAACCAAAGAAGAGAUUAAUCGUUGUUAUUUGAGAUGGCAACAGUUGCGUAAUGAACAUGGUGAGAAUGCACCAAAAGUUCCAGAAUUUAUUUAUUUUACUAAAGUUUUGAAAGCUGCUGCCAGUCAGGAACAACAAUUACAGAAGCAACGACAAAAUCAAAAUGCUUCACCUAAUUCCCAACAGCCUGCAAAUGGUAAUGUUAGCAAUAAUAUUAAUAAUGUGGGUCAAAUGAAUAAUUAUAACAAUAAUAACAAUAAUAAACCCGUUUCUAAUAACUUUUCACAGCAAUCUCCUAUGCCUAAUGGCAAUACAAACAUUUCUGGUUCUCCAAAUUUAGAAAACAAAAAGAACUUUAAUAUGCCAGGAACAGGAAACUUCCCUAUUACACCAAGUUAUAAUAAUAAUAAUAAUAAUAAUAAUAAUAACAACAACAACAACAACAACAAUAAUAGUAAUAAUAACAAUAACAGUAAUGGAGGUAAUAAUAUAAACCUUAAUCAGAAUAAUAACUUCAAUAAUUUCAAUGCUAAUAGCAAUAAUAUUAAAGAAAGUUCUAACCAGACAAGUAUUUCAAAGCAACAGAAUGUUCCUUCGAAUAACAACCCUGAAAGUUCAAACCGUAAUAUACCGGUUAAUAACAGUUCUGGUGGUUCUAACAAGAACCCACCCUUAGGAAGGAUCCCUAUGGCACAAGCAGAGUUACUCAAGGCACAGGUUACUGCAUUGAAAUGUCUAGUUAACAAACAGUCAAUAUCUAUGGAGACCCAGAAUGUCAUUCACUCUUCAAUUAACAAUCAGCCAGAUUUCAGAAAGUUGUUGAGGGCACUAAGUGACUCUGUAAAACUAAAGCAGCAAAGACAAGUACAACAACUACAAAAAUCACAAUCUGGUAUUCAACCCCAGCCUUCUCCAGUUGGUGUCCAAAAUCAAUAUCAAAAUAAGAAUAAUGUAAAGAUGCAACAAGUAAAUGUACGAAACGAUUCAUUUGUUAAAGUGUCAAAUCCACCAACCCCUGUUAUCAAUGAACCAAAGAAUAAUAAUAACAUUAGUAACAGCAACAACAAUAAUAUUAAUAAUGUAAAUAAUAGAAAUGUUGAUGUCAGCAAUAUCGGAAUAAAGGUUAAUAAAGAUGCCAAUACUCCGAAAAAUUACCCAACUCCCAACAAUAAACCAACGUAUAAUAUUAAUGAGAGUCAAGUAAGUGUUCCAGCUCCUGUUGAACCUCCCAAAAAGGUAUUCAUUGGAGAUAAGGCUCCACCUGAGCUAGGAGCUCCUAUGGUCCUUGAAGAUUUUAAAACUAAUCAUUCAACAAUAGAAAAAUUUGUUGAUGUAAACAAUCCAAAUAUAAUGGUUGAUUCGUACACUUUACCAAAUUUUGGGGAAGUUCCUAUUUCUUAUGAGACGUUAUUUUCACUCGAUAAAGAUAGUAAUAUAAAUAUAGAGCCAAGUGUUUUACCAGUUGGUAUAGAUAUAUUCAGUGCAACUGAAAUAUACCAAACUUUGGUUGCACUAAAUUUAGACACUGCAGUUGAUGAUUGUCUAGAAAAAAUAUUGGAUGAUAAAGUGGAUCAGAAAAUAAAAGAUGAAGUGUUGUAUGAUUACUACGCCUUGCAACUCUUACCAUUACAGAAAGCAAUUAGGGGCCAUGUCCUUCAAUUUGAAUGGUACCAAAAUUCGUUACUGACAAAUACUCAUCCUAACUUUUUGUCUAAGAUCCGUAAUGUCAAUAUCCAAGAUGCUGUGAUGACGGAAGAUCUAUACAGAAAGAAUGAAACAAAACAAUAUGAAAAGGAAAAGAUUGCGAAGUCUCGUAAAUUGGAGAGAAUGGUGAAAAGUGCUACUAGCAGUUAUACUUCGAGGUUAGACAAGAAAGCUCGUCAUGUUAAAUUCGGUCAUAAGUUGAUUAACGCUCAUGUUAACUUUGAAAAAGAAGAACAGAAGCGUGUAGAGAGACAAGCAAAGGCCCGUUUACAAGCUUUGAAAGCGAAUGAUGAAGAAGCAUAUAUAAAACUUUUGGACCAGACGAAAGAUACAAGAAUUACGCAUCUGUUGAAACAGACAAAUGCUUUCUUAGAUUCUUUGACUAUAGCUGUCAAAGACCAACAAAAGCAUACAAAAGAUAUGAUUAGUUCCCACUUCGAUGAGGAUGAAGAAGAAACUACGGAGGUAACCGAACUACUUCCAAUGGGAACCAAUGAUGAUUCUGAUGACGAUGAUGAUACUGUGGAUUAUUAUAAUGUAGCACACAAGAUUCAAGAGACUAUUACGGUUCAACCAAAAAUUCUUGUUGGUGGUACGUUAAAAGAUUACCAAUUGAAGGGUUUACAAUGGAUGGUAUCUUUGUUUAACAAUCAUUUGAAUGGUAUUUUAGCUGAUGAAAUGGGUUUAGGUAAAACAAUUCAAACAAUUUCAUUAUUGACGUAUCUUUACGAAUCAAAACAUGUCCACGGUCCAUUUUUAGUUAUCGUUCCGUUGUCAACCUUGACAAAUUGGAGUACUGAAUUUGCAAGAUGGGCACCAGCUUUAAGAACAAUUUCAUUUAAGGGUUCACCAUUUGAAAGAAAGGCAAGAUAUUCUGCGAUUAAAAAUGUCGAGUUCGAUGUUUUGUUGACAACCUUUGAAUAUAUCAUUAAAGAAAAAGCAUUGUUGUCUAAGAUCAAAUGGGUACAUAUGAUUAUCGAUGAAGGUCAUAGAAUGAAGAACGUUCAAUCCAAGUUGUCGUUAACUUUGAAUACUUUUUACCAUUCAGAUUAUAGACUAAUUUUAACUGGUACGCCAUUGCAAAAUAAUUUACCGGAACUUUGGGCACUAUUAAAUUUCGUUCUGCCAAAAAUCUUCAACUCUGUAAAAUCCUUUGAUGAUUGGUUUAAUACGCCAUUUGCCAAUACUGGUGGCCAAGACAAGAUUGCUUUGACAGAAGAAGAAGCAUUGUUGGUUAUCAGAAGAUUGCAUAAAGUUUUAAGGCCGUUUUUGUUACGUCGUCUGAAAAAAGAUGUCGAAAAAGAAUUACCAGAUAAAGUAGAAAAAGUUAUCAAAUGUAAAAUGAGCGCACUUCAAAAAGUUUUAUAUCAACAAAUGUUAAAACAUAAGCGUUUAUUUGUAGGUGAUCAAGGCAAUAACAAGAAGUCCUCAGGUUUACGUGGUUUCAACAAUCAAAUUAUGCAGUUGAAGAAAAUUUGUAAUCAUCCUUUUGUUUUUGAAUCGGUCGAAGAUCAAAUCAACCCUACUAGGGAAACAAAUGAAAAUAUAUGGCGUGUUGCAGGUAAGUUCGAAUUGUUAGGAAGGGUUCUCCCAAAAUUAAAGGCAACAGGCCAUAGAGUACUAAUUUUUUUCCAAAUGACACAGAUUAUGGAUAUUAUGGAAGACUUUUUGAGACACAUUGAUGUGAAAUACUUGAGAUUAGAUGGUCAUACCAAACACGAUGAACGUAGUGAAUUGCUUCCUAUGUUCAACGACCCAAAUUCGGACUAUUUUUGUUUUAUUUUAUCUACAAGAGCCGGUGGUUUAGGUUUGAACUUACAAACCGCAGAUACUGUUAUCAUUUUUGAUACUGAUUGGAAUCCACAUCAAGAUUUACAAGCUCAAGACAGAGCUCACAGAAUCGGUCAAAAGAAUGAAGUGAGGAUUUUGAGAUUAAUUACAGAAAAUUCCGUAGAGGAGGCUAUUCUAGAAAAAGCGCAUAAGAAGUUGGAUAUCGAUGGUAAGGUUAUUCAAGCUGGUAAGUUUGAUAAUAAAUCGACAGCUGAAGAACAAGAGGCAUUAUUAAGAUCUUUGAUGGAAGCUGAAGAUUUACGUAAGAGAAGAAGGGAAGAAGGCUUAGAUGAUGAAGACGAAGAAAUGGAUGACAAGGAAUUAAAUGAAUUAUUAGCAAGAAAUGAGAAUGAAAUCGAUGUUUUCAAUCAACUUGAUAUGGAUCGUGGCCGAAAAGAUUUAGAAAAGGGUAUCACUAAUAGAUUAUUUGAUGAUAGUGAACUGCCUGAUAUUUACAGUCAAGAUAUGGAUGCCGAAAUUGAAAAAGAGGCAUCUAAAAAAAAUGUUUUAUAUUCAGGUAAAAGAGCCAAUCGUAAAGUACAAAGUUACUCUGAUAGCAUGUCUGAAGCACAGUGGCUAAAGCAGUUUGAAGUUAGCGAUGACGAAAAUAAUGGAAAAGUUGAAGAGUUACCAGACGAGGAUGAUGUUACACAGCCUAAAAGAGAAGAUUCUCCAGAUCAUUCAAUAACAGAAGAAAAUAAUGAUGAAAAUAAUGAUGAAAAUGAAAAUCCAAAUAAAAGAAAAAAUGAAGAAGAAGAACAAGUUUCUUCAAAGAAGAUUAGAUUGAAUGAAGACGAACUGAAUCCAACAGUUGCGUCUGAGGAAGAUAAAUCCGAUAAUGAAAAUUCUACAGAUCAUAUUAUCGAACGUCCUGCUGGCAAAACUUCCCUAAAAAGCGACGCCAUCUCAACUAGAGGCAAGACUCGUGGACGUGGACGUGGCCGUGGACGUGGACGCGGAAGAGGUAGAGGCGGUAGGCCAAGUAGCUCUAAGACAGGUUUAAGGUUUAUCAGAGACCCUGAAGCGACUACAAAACUCCCUGAAGAAAGGGAAGAAAUCAGUGCUAUUGCCAAAAAAUUGUAUGAUUUUGCAAUUGAUUAUGAAAAUGAAGAUAACCGCAACCUUGCAGGAAUAUUUAUAGUAAAGCCUUCUAAAAAAUUAUAUCCUGAUUACUAUAUGCUAAUUAGGUAUCCAAUGGCAUUUGAAAAUGUUAAGGCUCAUAUUGACACAUUAGCAUAUGAUUCCAUCCAAGAAGUUUUUGAAGAUUUCCAUUUAAUUUUUGCAAAUGCAAGAAUAUAUAAUCACGAAGAAUCCCUAAUUUACCAAGACUCUUUGGAAUUAGAAGAGGCUAUUGGGAAGGAGUAUACCAAACUAACAGGGAAACCAGCAGAAUUCGAUUUCUCGACGUUUAAUGAGAACUACACCACUAAGCCAUUAAUACCAAUUGUUUCGAGCCCACAGAUUGAAGAAGAUUCGAUUAAGACUGAGGAACCAUUGAAAGAAGAUGAAAUAAAUAACAAAGAAGAAGCAAAACCUGUUGAAACGGUAGCUGAUGACAAGUCUAUAAAAAGUAUCGAAACUGAUGGCACUUUAAAUAGAGAGACUACAGAAGGUUGA